AUGAUAAACUCGUCGACUAUGCGGCCGGCAAUCAUGCCUUGUCGCGCUGGCAUGCGAUCUACGAAUACUACUCGCGCAAGUCUAGGACUUCUAGCUCGCCAUGUCCGUCCCCUCUACCGUCCAGCUCAGAAAUGGAACGACAGGAAGCAAUUGCGCCCUCGAGUCUCAGCAAUUAUCCCCGCCCGACACGGCACCGUCCUAUCCACCAACGCCGAGCCCAUUCCCCCCGUCACCUCGACCCCAUACUCCGAACUUACUAUCGGCGUCGUGCGCGAGACAUACCCCAACGAGCGGCGCGUGGCAAUCACACCGCAGAACGCAGCGCUGCUUCUCAAGAAAGGCUUCAAGCGCGUGCUGGUCGAGCGAGGAGCCGGAACAGAAGCUCAAUUCACCGACCAGGCAUACGAGAAAGCGGGCGUGACAUUGGGCGAGAGCAGGACGGUGUGGUCGGAGAGCGAUAUCCUGUUGAAAGUGCGGGCGCCGAGUUUUGAUGGGGCGAUGAGCGAGGUGGAUCAGUUGAAGGAUGGGGGCACGAUCAUCUCGUUCUUGUAUCCGGCGCAGAAUAAGAAGGUGGUGGAGAAGUUGGCGAAUAGGGGGACGACAAGCUUUGCUAUGGAUAUGAUUCCUAGGAUUUCGAGGGCUCAGGUUUUUGAUGCGUUGAGGUAG